AUGGCAGCAAUUAGUGGAAUAACUUUUUUCAUUUUAGAUUUUGGAAAAUUAUUUUCAACAUUUUCCGUAUUACAUAAUAUUUUUGAAGUUGGAAUAUUAUUAUUAUUAAUUCAAGGAGGAAAAAUUACAACCAAUUAUUUUUACGCGAUUGUAGGAACAUAUUUAUUCAUAGUGAUGUUAUUAAAUAUUUCAUUACCUUGGCCGUAUGAUGCAGUUUGGUUUAAAACACAAGAUUAUGUCCGAGAACAGACAGCGGCUUUACUUCCUAUGGCAGAAAAUGAAGAUCAUUUACCGUCUGAUGAUGCGCCAAACAUUUCACCAAAAGUUAUUGAGCAUCCAGAACAACUUUUAUUAUUGAUCUUUGCAUCAUUUGUUCAUAUUAUUGGAAAUAGUUUCACGACAUUGUUUUCGGGGGAUGGACGAGCUGUUGCAUUUCCAUGUUAUGCACUUUAUAUUUAUUUUGAUACGCACUGCACCAGUGUUAUACACUCUAAACGUAUUUUAGUACCUGAUACAUCUGGAAGGAAAGUGAUUUUAAUUACACUUUGGACAUUAAUUCUUACUUUAAUCACUAUCAGAUUGGCUUUUGUAAUUGGAUCAUUUUAA